UUAUGAUCUCUUUAAAGAUUUUGUACUUCAAACAAAAGAAUUUGGGCGGAGCCGGGCUCCGACCCUAGUAACUAUAAAACGCUACAUUGGUUUCUGUAUUCUGGUGUGAGUUGGAGGCAAACUUGUAAAAGCCACGGGAGACGGGCGAUUUUGCCACCUUAAUCUUAGCUAGACUUUCAUACUCCUCCAAACAUUGUAGAAUCCUGAUAAGCUAAAAUUCCCUCUUAGAUCCUUUCUUUGUUUCGUUUCUCAUGGCUUUGUCGAGAAUCAUAAAAUCCCAUCAAAUUCUCUUCAAAUCUACCAAACCAAUUAGACCAAAUUGUUUGUCACUAGUCUUCUGUAAAAACCUGUUUUUUUCCUCAAAUCAACAACAACCCAUUUGCACCAAACUUCAAAACGACAAUUUUCUCUCACCAGAUCAGAUUAACAUCUCAAAUGCCUUCAUUUCAAUCCUAAUCAAGCAACCUUUUUCUCCAGAUAACCCAGAGCUCAAAAACCUCGUACCACUACUCACCAAUAAAGUUGUCGAAGCCGUACUAACAUCCAUCAAGAACUGGAGAGUAGCUCAUCUGUUUUUCAUGUGGGUUUCAAGUCAACAUGGUUAUAAGCAUAAUAUUUAUACUUACAAUGCCAUGGCCUCAAUUCUAUCACGUGCUCGACAAAAUGCCCUAAUAAAGACUUUGGCUUUGGAUGUCCUGAAUUCCCAUUGUUCUAUGAAUCCUGGGGCUUUGGGUUUUUUUAUUAGGUGUUUGGGGAGUGUUGGGUUGGUUGAUGAAGCUAAUAACUUGUUUGAUCAGGUUAAAAGAGUCGGUCUGUGCAUACCAAAUAGUUAUAGCUAUAAUUGUUUGUUAGAAGCUUUGGCCAAAUCUUGUUUGAUUGAUUUGGUUGAGGUCAGAUUGACAGAGAUGAGAGGUUUGGGGUUGGAAUUUGAUAAGUACACGCUGACGCCAGUUUUGCAGGUUUAUUGCAAUGCUGGGCAGUCUGAUAAAGCUUUGAGUGUGUUCGAUGAGAUGUUUGAAAGGGGUUGGGUUGAUGAACAUGUUUUUUCCAUCUUGGUUGUUGCCUUUAGUAAGUGGGGUGAAGUUGAUAAGGUAAUUGAAUUGAUCGAUAGAAUGGAAGAGCGCAAUAAGAGGUUGAAUGAGAAGACAUUUUUUGUUUUAAUUCAUGGAUUUGUGAGGGAAUGUAGAAUGGAUAAAGCUCUUUGCUUGUUUGAUAAAAUGCGAAAAUUGAAGUUUUGUCCUAGUAUUUCACUUUUUGAUGUGAUGAUUGGAGGGCUCUGUAUGAAUAAUGAGCUUGAGAAAGCAUUGUCUUUAUAUUCAGAAAUGAAAGAGUUGGGAAUUAAUCCUGAUUUUGGCAUACUGACAAAGCUAAUAUGUUCUUUCUCUAAAGAAGGAGAGUUGGAACGAUUGCUUGAAGAAUGCUGGGAAGAUAUGAAUUCACAACCUACGAACCUGCUUUACAAUUCUGUCUUGGAAGGCCUUGUUCGCAAUGGCUCAAUAGAUAUAGCUUACAAUCUUCUUCGAGCAGUAAUGGGGAACAACAGCAAUGGUGAUAGUAUUAUUGCUAAGUACUUUAUGGACAAAAAAGAAAUAAUUACCCUUAAUACUAAUUCAUUUCCUAUUGUUAUUAAUGGCUUGCUUGAUGCUGGUAAGAUGGAUAUGGCACUAACUCUCUUCGGAGAAAUGAUUCAAUUUGGUUGUAAUCAAACUUUGUUAGUUUAUAACAAUUUGAUUGAUGCACUGUGCAAGUUAAAUAGACUGGAAGAGAGUUAUGAGCUUUUGAGACAGAUGAAGGAAGUGGGGCUUGAACCAACCCAGUUUACACACAAUUGCAUAUUUGGGUGUCUUUGUCGGAGAGAGGAUGUUGAUGGAGCAGUUGAUUUGGUGAGAAAAAUGCGGUUUUAUGGCCAUGAACCAUGGAUAAAAUAUUCUACCUUGCUCGUGAAAAACUUGUGUCAACAUGGGAAGGCAGAGGAAGCUUGUAAAUUUCUCACUGAAAUGGUACAAGAAGGUUUUCUCCCUGAUAUAAUUACCUAUUCUGCUGCAAUGAGUGGUUUGAUCAAAAUUAAAUCAGUGGAUAAGGGUUUGGAGCUAUUCCAAGAUAUUUGUGCUCGUGGGUAUUUUCCUGAUGUAAUUUCUUAUAACAUACUGAUAAAAGCGCUAUGUAAGGUGCAAAGAGUUGCAGAAGCUGAGCAUCUCCUGAAUGAGAUGAUGCUGAAGGGACUCGUUCCCUCAACAGUAACAUAUAAUUUUUUGAUAGAUGGCUGGUGCAAAAAUGGUGAGAUUGACCAAGCUAUGCUUUGCCUUUCCAAGAUGUUUGGAAAAGAGAGGGAGGCAAAUGUCAUUACAUAUGCAACUCUAGUUGAUGGAUUAUGCAAUUUUGGAAGACCUGAUGACGCUCUAAAGCUAUGGAGUGAAAUGAAGAGAAAAGGUUGUGCUCCGAACAGAAUUGCUUAUCAUGCUCUCAUAAAUGGACUUUGCAAGUGUGGUAGGUCCUCUGCAGCUCUAGUUCUUUUCAAUGAGAUGAAAGAGAAGAAAAUGAGACCUGACAGCUAUGUCUAUAUAGCACUAAUAAGUGCUUUUCUAUCAGACACAAAUUUACCCUCUGUUUUUGACAUGAUAAAAGAGAUGGUUGAUGUAGGAAAUUUACCAGAUCCACUAGAUAAGAACUAUCUUAUCAUAAGAGAUGCAAUUUGUAAAUUGUCAGAACAUGCCAGAACAUCCUCUGGCAUAAAAGAUCUUAUAGAAGAGGGCAGGAUUCCAGAUGUCAGUCUCUCAGAAGGAGAUGAAGGUAUACAUAAGCCCUCUAUUUGAUCCAAUGUCAGGUAAGAUCACAGUUAAAAUUAAAAGAGAAUUUGUUUAAUCGUGGGAGCAAUGAUUGUUUUCUGAGUCGCAUCAUCUAUAUCCGGUGUUAUGUUAUCAGAUCCAGCAUAAUGAAAUGAGGUUUUUAGGGCCCUACAAAAUGACAAUAGUAAGUGCCCUUGGUUCAAUAUGCAAAGAAUAGGAAGGUCCAAUCUGCAACUCCAAGAACUAAAAGUGUGGAAGGAAACAUAACUGUCAAAUGGCAGUUUGGACACAUUCCCAAAAUACAGAGACUUUAACCCCUUAUUAAUAACCUUUUGUCAUUAAUAUUUUGAUAGCCGUCAAUAGAAGAAACAGGACCCUCCUCCAUGUAUCCAUCCUUUUUAAAGUACCCCUUCCCCAUUUAAGCCCUUUAUCCCCUGCACACCUGAGAGAAAGCAA